AUGCCGCACAAUACGCGCUCGGUCCUGAUCACGGGAUGCAGCAACGGGGGCAUCGGGUCGGCGCUUGCACUUGCCUUUUCGAAGCACCAGGAAUUACACGUCUACGCAUCGGCGCGGAAUAUCUCCAAGAUGUCGGACCUCGAGGCAAUCCCCAACAUUACUCUGGUUUCCUUGGACGUUACGUCCCAGGAGAGCGCGGCAGCCGCGGCCGAGAGGUUGCGGGUGGUCACGGACGGCCGGCUGGACUACCUCGUGAACAACGCAGGGUGCGGGUAUACCAUGCCGUACCUGGAUACUGACAUUGAGAUUGCGCGCCGCAUGUUCGAUGUCAACGUCUGGGGGCCCAUGCGGGUCACGCAGGCGUUUUCCGACAUGCUGGUCCAGGCCAGGGGAAUGGUCGUCACCAUUGGCAGCACGGCUGAGUCGUUGGGCCUUGCGUUCCAGAGCACAUACUGUGGUUCCAAGGCGGCAACACACAUCAUGUCCGAGGCCCUGCGGCUCGAGCUGGAGCCCCUGGGGGUACGGCAUCUUCACGUCACCACGUCCUUUGUCAAGACAGUCUGGUUCCAGAACGUGCCCGAAUUCGAAUUACCCCAGACCUCGCAUUACCGACCCGUACAGGAUAGGGUGGCAUUCAUGGCCUCCGGUGGAGGCCAAGCCACCAUGGAUGUCUCCGUGUACGCCGACCGCGUGGUGGCUGACGUCUUGGCUGGCCAGUGUCACAGAACAUUCAGGGGAAAGUCGGCGAGCCUCAUCGGGUGGGCGAUGAGUCUCCUCCCGCGGGGGCUUGUGACUCAGCUGGCUGCAGCGGAUAGUGGGCUGUCCGAGCUGAAGAAGAUAGUAUCGGAAAAGCAGUGA